AUGUUUAACCACCUCAGAGCUCGAAGCAGGAGUUUAUUCUCCAGCUACAAGCCCGGCAGCCGGACUCAAGAGGUCAAAGAAACGGUGGAACAUCUGGACCUGAUCAGCGCCUUCAUUAAACCAUGGAACUCCAUGCAGGACCUUGGCAGAGACAUCUACGAUAUUUAUGCCGAGUAUGAAAACGAGGAGGUGGAGGAUCGAUUGCCAGUGUCUCCCUCCCGCCUGCUGAAUUCUCCAACCAAACACUUCAUUCUCAACAUCAAUGUUGGAGGAACGGUGUAUCACCUACCUUACAGGUUAGCCGCCAGGUAUCCGAAGACUCGGAUCGGUCGCUUGGCCACAUACACAGACCAUAGCAGGAAGCUGGACCUCUGCGAUGACUACGUCGUCCAGCGCAACGAGUUCUUCUUUGACCGCGACCCAACAAUUUUCCACAACAUCUUUAAUUUCUACAGAACUGGAGUGUUGUGGAUUAAAGACGAGCUGUGUCCCCGAAACUUCCUGGAGGAGAUAAACUACUGGGGGGUCAGAAUCAAAAACAGCCAGCGCUGCUGCCGCAUCUCCUUUGAAGAGAGGCAGGACGAGCUGAACGAGCAGCUGAAAAUACAGAAGCAGCUGAUUACAGAGAUGGGUGAUCUGGUAGAAACCGAGGAGAAUGAGGUGUUAUUUAACAGCAUGGCCUUUGGGCAGACCCGGAGGAAAAUCUGGAACCUAAUGGAGAUGCCAUUCUCCUCGAUCACAGCCAAGCUUGUGGCAGUUGCAUCCUCCAUGUUUGUGCUGGUGUCGCUGGUCGCCAUGACCCUCAACACCGUUGAGGAGAUGCAGUACAAGACACCAUCAGGUGAGCCCAGCGGCAGGUUCUACGGCGAGUACGUCGAGACGUUAUGCAUCAGCUUUUUCACCCUGGAGUACCUGCUGCGCCUGAUCUCCACCCCUGACUUGAAAUGUUUUGGACGCAGCAUGCUGAACACAGUUGAUCUGAUCGCUAUCCUGCCACACUACUUGCAGAUGAUCUUGGAAUGCUUUGAAGACAAGGACAUCCAUGUGCACUCUGGAGACAUUGAGACAGUAGCACGUGUCGGGAAGGUUGGGCAGGUUCUGAGGAUAAUGCGUCUGAUGAGAAUCUUCAGGAUCUUGAAGUUGGCUCGUCACUCAACGGGCCUCAGAGCCUUUGGCUUCACGCUAAGACAGUGCUACCAGCAGGUGGGAUGUUUGCUGCUCUUUAUUGGCAUGGGAAUCUUCAUGUUUUCAGCCAUGGUGUACACAGUGGAGCAUGAUGGCUACAACACCAACUUCACCUCCAUGCCACACGCAUGGUGGUGGGCUGCUGUGAGUAUUUCCACAGUGGGCUAUGGCGACAUGUACCCAGAGACCAACCUUGGACGUAUCUUUGCCUUCGCCUGCAUCUCCUUUGGCAUCAUUCUCAAUGGCAUGCCCAUCUCCGUCCUCUACAACAAAUUCUCUGAUUAUUACACCAAGCUCAAGGCCCAUGAGUACACUGCUGUGACCAAGGCUCGUGGGAAGGUGGGCUUUGCCAGGAGGGCAGCAAAGAAGUUCUCAGAGUUCUGCGAUGACACCAUUCACCAAAAGUGAUGACAGUAGCUUGUAGAAGUUUUAAGAGAAGAAUUACAAACAUGUGUUUGUGACAUGUGUGACAGGUUCCUGAUCACACAUACUGCAGACAG